AUGUCAAAUCCUGCAACAUUAACCGAUACAGAUCCAUUAAUACAAUGUGAUUUAAUGGAAUCUCGUGAUGCAUUUUUAAGUUUUGCUCGUGAAAAACAUUGAGUUUUCUUCAUUACGUCGGGCAAAAUAUUCAACAAUGGUUUCAUUAAUUGAAUUACAUUCAUCAAAAGCCGAUAAAAUAUCUUAUACAUGUAAUUCAUGUCGACAAUUAUGUGAUAUGGUGUGGGUGUGGGUGUGGAUGGGGUGUGGGUGUGGGUGUGUGUGGGUGGAGG